ACUUAGAUAUACCCAUAUAGUUAAAAUGGCGGCUAUCGUUAGAGUUUGUAAAAAUGGUGGGAUUUUGUCUAAAAACAUUAGACUUUUGAGUUUGUCAUUGCAUAGACUAAAUGAAAAAAAUGAAGCCGAAGCUAUCACACACACUGGGCAGCAAUAUUCUGCUGAUGAUUAUAGACGUGCCAGAUUUGAAAUCGGACAAAAAAUUGUUACCAAGAAAUUCGCUAUCGACAUGAUCAGAGAAGAUCCAGUUGUUGUAAGUGAAAAUCGCGUUGUUUGGAGUGAUUCUGGCGGUGCCUUGGGUCAUCCUAAAGUUUAUAUUAAUUUAGAUAAACCUGGUGUACACACUUGCGGGUACAGCGGAAGAAAAUUUGUCAAUAAGAAAUACUACGAUGAAAAGACAAUGGGGCCGUCGAUUUCAUACGAUGAAUACUUAUCUCAAGUCCGACCUAAGGCUGAAGAUUAAUAGGGAAAGUAUCAGAGGUUUAAGAACUGACUGAUCAACUAUUGUGCGAAUGUUUAGUAUGAAAGUAUUGUUAAAAAGUACAAAAUUCGACGAAUAAACAUUAAAUACGAUACUGUUUUU